CUUCUACAAAAAGUGUUCGAAUCAAAUUGAUGAAAGUAGUUUUUACACAAUCAAGUUGCAAAAGGUGUUUGCUUAACACGGUUCAGUUUUACAAAUUGGAAAUAUCAAAAUAGAAUUAUUCGUUUACUUGUUUGCUUUACUACUUUUUGAAUGUCAUUUCUUUUUGUUAAAUUGCGUGACAGAUUUCAUUUACUUGUCGUUUGCUUAGAUAUCGGAAAAAUUCCGAUGUUUUUUCUUGGAAAGUUUCAAAUUACCUCGGUUUGCAUGACGUAAAUCCAAAAACCGAUCUUAUUUAUUGUGCUGUUUCCUGUAGUUAAAAGUUUGCGGGAAAAAUUGAACGAUAUCCUGGGUGAUUUCUCAGGUUAUAUACUAAAUGGGUUUAAUUCUUUCUAAAUUCCCGAGACAAAACAAAGAAACAAAGGAUGAGGAAACAAGUGACGAUUACGUUGUGAUCAAUCUCCUACCAAUUUCUUCUUCGGGCUUCCCAAUUUAUAGCUCGGAGGAAAUUCGAUUUGCAAAUGACAGCAAAAAAACUGAUACCGAUGAAAACAAAAAAAUAAUUGAGCCGAAUGAUUUAAAAGAAAUUAACACAAGAUCCGCCGUUAGUUCUGUUGAAUCAUUAACAGAAAAGUUUUCCAAAGAUGAACUCAAAGAAUUUGCAGACGAAAUUGAUAGUUUGAAAAUUCGGGGACUCAAAGGCAUAGAAACACAUUUCAGUGAUGAUAAUGAGUUGAAAAGAAUAAUAGAUUACAACUACGCCGAGUGGAAAAAACCCGGAAAAAAAAACAUCAAUACCGUCUGUGAGAAUCCCGCGACAGAAGAUACGAUACCAACAAAUGUCCAGACCCUUGCGAGACUAUUAUAAAACGCUUAACAAAGGCGAAAAAACUGAAGAUAAACUUUAUAGAUUGUUUGUGAAUGAAGUAAGAACAGACGAUGCCGGAGUUAUUAUUCUGCCGAAUGUAGAAGGUUUUCACAUUUUUGGAAAAGGAGGACCUGGAAGCGUAGAAAUUGACAUGAUAGUUGCACACCCACAAAAAGGAAUUUUCGUAUUCAACGUUAAAAACGAUCAAAAGCCGAAUCUGCAAAAAUUAAAGUAUGAUAUGGAAAAGCACUCUAAUUUUGUACGCCUUUUAUCUUGCUAUAACGGUCAGUCAAAACGUUCAACUUGUGAAAAAUUUGACUUGAAUAGGUUCACUGAAGUCCCUAUAUAUAAUGUAUUUAUUCAUGAUAAUUAUUACCCGAAAAACAUCGGAAAAAAGAUUAAUGCCGCUGGGAACAAAGUGAUUGUUUUUAAACAACCAGGCCCUAAAAACUUUGUCCCGCUCUGGGGAGAAUUAGUACGAAGUCUCCCCGAUAUGGCAGACACAAACAGUUUCGAUCUUUUAGUUGCCCGACUUGUCGUGCUGAGUUUAGCCUCAAAUGGUCAUAUCCAUCAAAAAUUUGCAUCUAAUGACAUACAGUCGAUUCAAGUCAGUGCAGGAAACGAAGAAGCAUGGAUUAAGAAACAACUCCGUGAAAUACUAAUCGGAGAUUACGAUAUCAAAUGUGAACUCAUUGAGCUCUUUAAAAAAUUUCAGCCAGCGAUGAGGAGAGGGAAAACUAAAGUAAUUCUUUGGACGAAAGAACAAUUGGAAAUAAUAGCCACAGUCUUCAAAGCACUCUCAGAUUCAAAGCACUCACAAGCAAUCACAAGCGUCAGAGUGGCGGGAACAACAACUGAUUCUCCAAUCGAAGGCAACCAAUUGCGCAUUAAUGUAAGAGGAGGAAAAGGAACGGGGAAGACCAUGCUGAUGACUUUUCUAGCGCAAAUGACAUCCAGCCACUUUGGGCUCCAAGUAGUGGUAUGCGACGGGUCAGCUGGUAAUUCUAAAAUGCUUUUUUCACGUUUGAAACAUGAAUUGAGUGGACUUGACAUUGAGUUUUGGUCAUUACCGGAGUUCUCACAGAGACUUGAUAGAACCAGGCAGUCAAUAGUUUUUAUUGACGAAGACCCCCUCAAUCAUAUCCCGAUGCAUAAAGCAAUACUUUUUGGUCUCCAGAACAAUGCUCAUAUGUGUCUUUUCUCAUCUGAACAGAAAUCGAUUUUCGGCAGCAUUGACAAAAACUUCGUCCAUUAUUCCCUUUCUUAUCCGAUGAGGUUUACAAAACGAAUAAACGACUUUUACAGCAAUUUGUCGAGAAAUUUGGUCUUAAGCAAGGACUCCGAGAAUGUUAUCAGCAUGCCUAGUGCAAGCCUCGACGGUACUAAUCAAGCAGAAGUUUUUUAUGUUCAUUCCUAUGGCGCGUCCAAAAACGACAGCUAUUUAACCAAAUGCUUUGAAGUGAUAAAGCGUUUGGCUGUGUCUCUGCAAAACCAAUCAAGUCUACUUGUUUUAAUAUCAUUUUUAUCGCCAAAAGUUCAACUUGGGAUUGUUUCUCGUUUAAGACAAGAAGAAAUUAAGUUGUCGUCCAAUUCUUAUGAAUUGGAUUUUGGGGACGAUUAUCUAAACUUGCCAGAAGUUCAAUUGGAGUCAACUUCAAUCAUCAACGGAAUUGAAUGUGGAGCGGUUGUUGUUUUGUUGGAAGCAAUGGUGAAUAAACAACCCGCUAAGUUUCUUGCAGAAUUUUAUAUGGCAAUAACACGCGCAACAACUAACGUGGCUAUUGUCGCUGGAGAUGAGUCUUACUUCACUUCACCAAUGGACGAAAACGAGAUUUCUGACUCAGUAUCAAUUUUGAAUGCCAGAAGUUUUCACAUAGCAAAAGAAGAACUGCCGACUUAUUUCAGAUCUCUGUUGAAUAAAUUUUGCAAAACAAGUGGCAUUGCUGUCAUUAUCGGUGUCCUCCCCAAACUGAACUUCUUAACAGAAACAGCAUUGACCAUCCAAGGACUGGAAUGGUGUUCAGCUGAUGAAGUCAAACAAUACAUGUUUCAAGGUAGCGCAUCCGUAUUGGUUCUCUCGAACAUCACGAAAGCCAGUUCAGCGGCGGCUCUUGAUUGGUAUAGACAGCAGCAAGUUUCUGUGUUCAUAGCACUAGUGUCGAAUACUUUUGACAGAAUUGCUUUGGAAUUUCUGCAACUGUUAUUUGCGGAGUCAAUGUUUGCUUCAAAUAUUAUAGAACUGCAGCUUUUCAAAAGCUCUUUAUUUGACAUAAGUCGUUUUUGUGAAAACCUUCAGGAAAAUACAGACUCUGUAUGCAACAAGCCAUUCCAAUUACUUCAAAGCUCGGAGAUAAAAGAACCCGACAAGGUUCAAUAUUCUUGGAAAGAAUUGAAAAGUAUGGUUGACGUAGCUGAAGAUCUUGGGGACAGUUUUUAUGAGUCAUUGAGGAGCCAGUUCUACACCGAAGCGUUUGACGUGCUUUUCCAAGAGUAUUGCCACCUUGUAAAAAAUGGAGAUCGACAGAAAGCAUUAGCUUCUAGAAAAGACGCUGGUAUCUUGCUCCAAAAAUGCUGCAAAUCAAUCUCCAGAUACUUGAACUUGAUCGAUACAGAUGAGUUUAGCAGAGUAUGCGGUAACCUGUUUCUCACCAUCCAAUACGCGAGGUAUUCUUGCUGGUUCAACCCGAAACUCCCGUUGGCACGUCAGAGUUUACUUGAUUUCUGUCAAGUAUCAAAUGAGAAACUUAAAGAAGCUAAAAUACUUAACGAAGCUAUAAGAGAUAACAAUCUUGAUUUAUGUAAAAUUUUGAAAAAAUUAAUCUUAAAAGAUCGCUUGACCAUUGAACGAUCGCACAUGAAGCAGAAUUGGGAUCUUCACAACAACCGGUUCCGUCUCCUUGAUACACUAAGUCUAAAAACAAGUAGUGCGAGAGAGCUGUUUUUCAGCAAAAUUGCCAAAACGAGACAAGAAUUAGAAGAACUAGAAAUUGACUACAGAUCAACAAUAAUAAAAACAUGCAAUAUGUCGAAAUCUACUCGAAUACGAAUGUUAAUAUCAGACAAGUGUGCUGAAGCUGCUCUUUCAUGCCUAAAGCUAACUGCUGACCUUCAAGCUAGUUCAUGUACCAUGGAACUUGUCACACUUGCAACCUAUGGGUUGCACAUGAAUCCCCUCAACACAGCAUGCUAUGAUGUUCUGAUAGACUUGAUUCAUUCAGAAACGACAGAAGCAGAACAACUGAUAGAUAAAUUCUGUAAUGAGGAUGAAGAAACAGCUCUAAUGCAGCUUGUGGAAAAAGACAUUUCAGUCAUUGAACUUGCUGAAUACGUUUUUUGAACUCCACUUAGUUUUAUUUUUUUCAUUUCAGUGUUAAUUCGAUUUUCAAAAAUGAUUAAAAACCCAACAGAUUCUGCAUAAUUUGUAAUAAGUCUCGUUUUUUUUUUAAAUUUGAUCCAUCCUCUGAGUGCUUCUAAUUUCUAAUUUGCAGUUUUCAUACAGAUCCAUUUUGGGACCUAUGAAAUGAGACGACAAGCAAACUAAAGGUAAAUCAAAUUUUCACUCGUUAUCAUUGUAUAGUAAAUGAAUUUCAAAAAAUGACGUACAAUAAUCAAAAUUAUGUUCCAGAAAUAUCCUGCAAUAUACUUUAUUUGUAUAUGUAAAUUUUUAUUACCAUCGAAACUUUUUUUGCUCCUAUAACUGUCAUCCUCAGUGCAAGUUUAUUCGAAAAAAAGUUAGCUUAAUCCAUUUUCUUUUAUAAAUGACGUCUAAUUUGCUCUCUGUCUGACUUCCUUUCCCAUAUUUUUAGAGAUUGAUAUUAAUUUUGGAGCAUCAAUCACCAAAAAAGACCAAUCACAUUUAUAGCGCUU